GAUCUUGUGCGUGGUUACGGUAAUCUGGAAUUCACGUUUUGUAUGUGCAAUCCUCCAUUUUAUGGUGAAGAUGAAGCUGAAACGGUUCUUAUGUCUGUUUUUGUAAUGUUUAGAUCUUUUGUUUGUUCACAUAAGAAUCAGGAAAUCAAAUUUAAGAAAUUCGUGCAGCUUGAUGAAAGCAAUAAGGCAAUGGAGAAUAAAUGUUAUGAGGUGACCAAACGCUCGGCACCUCAUUCAGCAACGAUUGGUCGUAGAAAUGAAUUGAGUGUAACGGGUGGUGAAGUGGGCUUCGUUGGUCGACUGAUCGAAGAUAGUUUCGUGCUGCAGAACUCAGUGAAAUUCUACACGUCAAUGAUCGGUAAGAAAGCGAGUUUGAAUGAGUUGACGAGGAAGUUGAAAGAAUAUGGGAACGUGCAUUAUGCGGUGAGCACGUUGAGUCAGGGUAGGACACAGCGUUGGGUGUUAACGUGGUCGUUUGAUGCGAAUUUGAAACUUUCGAUGAACUCAACUGAAUGCUCUCCGUUGACUGUUCCAUUGCCCGCGUCUGUGCCACUCUGCUGUCCAGAUGAAUGUUAUUCAACAAUGAAACGAUUGUUGAACUUUUUAGAGAUCAAGUUUGAGGAGAAUGAAAAAAGUGAAUUGAUAUGUGAGGCAAAACAUGACACAUGGUCGAAUCAGCGACAAAAGCGACGAUUGAAUGAUCGUUUGAUGUCAUCUCUGACGUCGCAUAAAUCGAAUGAAGAACCAUUGAGGAAAAAGAAACGAUUCAGUGAACGUAUACAAAGUGAUAAUUGCGGUGUUAAUGCAUCGCAAGAUAUCGGUGUAAUGGUCAAUUUGGGUGUUGGAAACGGUUGUGACAGCUUAUCGAACGAUGGCAAUUUCAACUUCAUCGCAAGUGAAUGCCAUUCCAGCUGUCAGACUGAUGUGGCUAUACAGGUGUAUCUACCUUCUUCAUCAUUACCGCUGUCGUCGUCUUCAUCAGUGACGUCAAUGCGAUCAGUAUGUGAUCAAUCGCUGGUUCGAUUCCGGUUAACGGCAAAUAUUUUUGAGAAACGCGUAGAGUUAAGAUGGAUUGAUGGAUCACGGCAUAGACUUUAUCAGAUAAGCCAGUAUAUCAAAAAUCAAGUUUCACACUUCAUCGAUGACCAGUAA